UAUUGAAUGAAGCAGCUCAUCUAUUGAUCGAUGAUCAUAUAUUGCAUUGGCAUGGUCUGCAAUAUAGCACCUAUAGACCGGAAGAUUCGCAGAAUCCCAGUAACCAUGAAGGUCAUGAUGAAUAAGAAGAUAUUGGCAGUAAUAACAGUGAGCCACCUAUGGUGGUGGGCUAGUUUUGUGGGUGCAGACCCGCAGAUCAAUCUUCUGAACCAGGGUUGCAGCCAGUACAACGCAACAAGCUCGUCAGACUUCUAUACCAAUCUCAACGCCACCUUCCUGGACCUCAAAGCGCAGCUCCUCAACGGCAGCAAACACUUUGCAACGGCACAGCAGGCCAAGGGCUCCGCCCCCGUCUACGCCAUGACGCAGUGUAGAAACUACCUCUCCUCCGCCGACUGUUUAUCUUGCUUUGCCGCCGCCGUCUCCCAAAUCCGCAACUGCUCUGCUUCCAAUGGUGCUCGCGUCGUCUACGACGGCUGCUUCCUCCGGUAUGAGAGCAGUGGCUUUUUUGAUCAGACUGUAGCUACCCUUCCGGGUAAUGUAGGACUCUGUGGGAAUAAAACUGGAUCACCAGCUACGGCCUUUACUGCAGCUGCUGAAGAACUGUUAAUGGAUCUCCAAAUCGCUACACCCAAGAUUAACGGUUUCUUUGCAGCAUCCAAAGAUGUAAUUAGUAGUAGUGCAAACACAACAGUCUAUGGUGUCGCACAAUGUGUCGAGACAACCGCCAAAACUGGUUGCCUAGAUUGUUUGAAGGUGGCAUACAACAAUUUACAAAGUUGCCUACCUAAUACAGAUGGUAGGGCAGUUGAUGCUGGUUGUUUCAUGAGGUACUCUGCUACUUCUUUCUUCUCAGAUAACCAGACUACUAAUAUCACACCGUUCUUGAAAAAUGGAGGAAGUUCAACAAAGAAGGCCAUCAUCAUUGGAGUGGUAGUUGGAGGCGCAGGUCUUAUUUUUCUCCUUUCUGGGAUUCUCAUCUGUAUCAGACUUUCAAGGAAGUCUCAAAAAAUUCGUAGAGGGGACAUAUUGGGAGCAACAGAGUUGCAAGGUCCAGUAGAUUAUAGGUAUAAGGAUUUGAAGUCUGCAACACAAAACUUUAGUGAUGAAAAUAAACUAGGGGAAGGUGGAUUUGGGGACGUCUACAAGGCAACUUUAAACAAUGGGAUAACAGUUGCAGUAAAGAAAUUAGCUAUACUUCAAUCAGACAGGGGCAUGGCUAGUUUUGAAAAUGAGGUCAAGCUUAUAAGUAAUGUACAUCACCGGAAUCUAAUUCGCCUUCUUGGAUGUUGUAGCAAAGGACCAGAGUUUCUUCUGAUAUUUGAAUAUAUGGCAAACAACAGUCUUGACAAAUACUUAUUUGGUCCGAAAAGAGGCUCUCUAAACUGGAAGCAACGACAUGAUAUAAUCAUCGGUACAGCUAGGGGUCUAGCCUACCUACACGAGGAAUUUCAUGUAUGUAUCAUUCAUAGAGAUAUAAAACCUAGCAACAUUCUUUUGGAUGAUGGAUUUCAGCCAAGAAUUGCAGACUUUGGAUUGGCAAGGCUUUUACCUGAGGAUCAAACUCAUCUUACUACAAGAUUUGCAGGAACAUUAGGAUACACAGCACCUGAAUAUGCAAUCCAUGGCCAAUUAUCUGAAAAGGUGGAUACUUAUAGCUAUGGAGUAGUAGUCCUAGAAAUCAUAAGCGGCCAAAAGGGCAGUGAAAUCAAAUCUGAUACUAUGGGGGAAUUUCUUCUCGAAAAGGCCUGGAAAUUAUAUGAGAAUGGCCAGCACUUGGAGUUGGUUGAUGAAACACUUGACUCAGAUGAAUAUGAAGCAGAAGAUGUUAAAAAGAUUAUUGAGAUUGCUCUAAUGUGCACUCAAGCAUCACCAGCUCUAAGGCCAACAAUGUCUGAAGUUGUUGUUUUACUCAAAACCACAGGUUCUGGGGACAAGAGGCCGCUUACUAGGCCUGUGUUUGUUGAUUCUGACCAUAAAAGAGUACGAGUAGACACAUCGACUUCUACUGGUUCCUCCUCAUCCAAUGCUACCGCAUCCUUCUCUCAAUUUUCAGGUCGCUAAUCUUGAGGGAUGUCAACAUAUGUAUAAUGGAAAGUCAAUCCUGCAUGUACAUAAAUAUGAGAAAUUCAAAUUAUGGAGCUUUGGAUUUACUAUUACCUCUUUUCAUAUUUAAAAAUAGCCUUCAACAACUUUGAUUGUUAGUAAAUUUGUAAUAACUCGAAUUUCCGAUUUCAU